CGAAUUAACUAUCAUAACUUUUUUUCUGGAGAUCCCUGUUAACGACCCUGUCGGUCUAGCCUCUAGCCUCUCAGCCCCGCACUAGUUUAGUUUCUCAGCCUCGUCGCAAAAAAUCGAUUGAAUCAUUCAUCGAUGACUUCAAUUAUUCUCCACAAGUUUGUUCGUUGAUAGUCCUCAUCCUAUUCUCAAGAUGGGAAAAUCCUCAAAGGAUAAGCGGGAUGCUUACUACAGACUCGCAAAAGAACAAGGAUGGAGAGCUCGAAGUGCUUUCAAACUAUUACAACUUGAUGAAGGCAUUGAACCCCACUAAAGAACUGCUGCAGUCUUGUAUUGCGCAAAGUACGUACCGUGACUAACUCAAUAUUAGAAUUUGAUCUCUUCUCUGAUGUCACCCGAGUUGUGGACCUUUGUGCUGCUCCAGGAAGUUGGUCUCAAGUUUUGUCCCGAGUUUUGAUCAAAGGAGAGAAGUUUGGUCGAGCAGCAUGGGAAGAUAAGGAGGCAAGAAUGCGACAAAACAUACUUGGAAUUGCAACCCGGCCUAUAUCAGAGGAGAAGCAGACGCCAGAUGUGUCCGAAUUGAAACCAAAAAAGGAUGUCAAAAUUGUGGCUAUCGAUUUACAACCCAUGAGCCCUUUACAAGGAAUCAUAACACUUCGAGCAGAUAUUACACAUCCGGCUACAGUUCCAUUACUUCUAAGUGCUCUCGAUUCGUCUUAUGAUCCGAAAUCCCUCUCUCAACAAGCCUCCAACCCAGUGGAUCUCGUUAUUAGUGAUGGUGCUCCUGAUGUUACAGGUCUUCAUGAUCUAGACAUUUAUGUUCAAUCACAAUUACUUUUCGCGGCUUUAAAUCUUGCACUUUGUGUCCUUCGUCCAGGUGGAAAAUUUGUUGCGAAGAUUUUCCGGGGUAGAAAUGUUGAUCUUCUCUUCGCACAAUUGAAAAUAUUCUUUGAGCGAGUGGUUGUUGCAAAACCAAGAUCAAGUCGUGCGAGCAGUGUUGAAGCUUUCAUUGUCUGUCUAAAUUUCCAACCUCCAGAAGGAUUCAAAGCUAGUAUGGAGGAUCCAAUGGGUGUUGGGGAUAGAUUAUCCAAAAUGGUGGAUACUGUUGUUAGUCGGGAGCCAAUAGUUUCACCUACUCACUCACAAAAUCCUGAAGACGGGACUUGGUCGGAAACUCAAAUCAAGACAACGACAUUAAGAGAAGAUGGAAUAUGGGAAGUUAAACUUCCCACUGAUGAAGCCAAGUCUCGAAAAUCGGGAAGAUGGAUAGCUCCAUUUUUGGCAUGUGGAGAUUUAUCUGGUUAUGACGCUGAUGCUUCAUAUCAUUUACCAAAGGAUCGAAUUACACUUGAUCCAGUACAACCUCCAACAGCACCUCCAUACAAGAGAGCUCUUGAAAUGAGAAAGGCUGCAGGUGGAGCAUAUGGAAAAACCACCACAGGAUAAUACAAGUAAGAAUCACAAUGUUUCAAAAGCAUAGGAAGGGAUAGCGAGGCGUUAAGGUUGGGGGCAGAUUUUGAAUUAGAAGGACCGCAUCACUCUUAACGGAAGAAAGUCGAAGGGGAGGGACAAGGUCCCUUUUCAGGAACAAAUGAAUUAAGGAAUUACUACUAAAGUUUAAUAGUAGGACAAUGCCCCUCUGAAGUGAAGCUUUGUCUUGUUUGACGAAUCAAAAGCACAGAAACUUAUCAAAUUCAAGAUGAAGAUCAAAUAUGUUGUGUAAUGGGCACUUUUUAAAGAUCACGUGAAGAGGAGGGUCCCUCAUUGUCAGUUUGCUUUCUUUGAGAAUAUCUUCAUACGACAGACCUGAAGCACUGCAGACAUCAAAUAGGUGAGAUGGCC